AUGCCCCAAGCAAUGGGGCUUGUCUUGUUUCCCCCUGGUCAGUCGCUGCUGAACGGCUCCUAUGCGUCGAAGCUGAAGAGGGACGGAUCAGCCAUCGUACCCAAGAAGUCGUGUUUUUGGCCAUCGCAUCCAUGCAUGCAACGUAUGCACCAAUUGAUGCUCAGCCACGGUGGCAGUAUGUACCGCCACGGCACCCAAGGCAUCGCUGUAAUUCCUGCGCAUGGCUGUGGUACUGCCCUGCCCGCCGUGUCGGUCGGGCUCCGACGGGGUAUCGAGUACGGGGAGAUGCCUGGUUCGCUUCGGCCAGGGGCAGCAGCUGAGGAUGCACAGCAAGUACCACCGAGCACAUCGCGGCUGAGAUCCGGCACCAAGGCGCUAAGGAAUAUCUCGAUGCCCUACAUAUGGUACCCAGGCACUGGACAGGAAGCUGUGUCAGCAACGUCAUUCAUUUAUCAGAAGCACAGAGACACGAGUCUCAGACACUGGCCUCACAUCGAUAUGUCAGUAAUCAUCUCCGGCGCCCUGGAAAUAGGGGACAAGGCGGACGAUUGGAACGAGUAG